AUUGGAGCCAGCUCUAAACCCCUAACCAGCAACGGCUAUAUUCUCCGCCGUCUCCUCUCCCCCUCGCGUACUAGCCGUUGCGCUGCGGUGGCGUUCCCCUCCCCCAACUCCUGCUACAAAUACUCCUCAGCGGCCGAUUCCUAAACCCCACAGCGCAAGCUGCUCUUCUCUCUCUCUUUCUUUCAUUCUCCUCGCCUCCCCACGCCGAUUUCAAGCGCUUGGGGGGACGAGAUCGCGCUCAUCAAAGCUCUCGACGUUCUUUGCAUUUUUUUUCGCUGUUAAUCUGCUCGUUUAAUUAUUCUCGUAUUAAUUUGUGCUCGAUUCUAACUUGCUAGUUUUUAGUUCGCGUUUAAUUUCGUUGCUUCUGCUGUUGCUAUUACUAUUCUCUGUUGUGCUUGUCUUGUUCGUUUGUUGCUGCUAUAACCAUGGACGCAGGUUCCCUCUCGAUCUCCUCCGAGAAGAGCCGCGCCGCCGCGCCGCGGCCGCCGCUGCAGGAGGCGGGCUCCCGCCCCUACAUGCCGUCGCUGAGCACGGGAUCGCGCAACCCGUCGGCCAAGUGCUACGGAGACAGGUUCAUCCCGGACAGGUCGGCGAUGGACAUGGACAUGGCGCACUACCUGCUCACGGAGCCCAAGAAGGACAAGGAGAACGCGGCGGGUGUGGUGGCGUCUCCGUCCAAGGAGGCGUACCGGAGGCUGCUCGCGGAGAAGCUGCUCAAUAACCGGACGCGGAUCCUCGCCUUCAGGAACAAGCCGCCGGAGCCGGAGAACGUCUCCUUCGCCGACGCGGCUUCCUCCAACCUGCAGGCCAAGCCGGCCAAGCAGCGGCGCCACAUUCCCCAGUCUGCAGAGAGGACUCUGGACGCACCGGAGCUCGUUGAUGACUACUACCUCAACCUGCUCGACUGGGGGAGCAACAACGUGCUGUCCAUUGCUUUGGGCGACACGGUGUACCUGUGGGACGCAUCGAGCGGAUCCACAUCCGAGCUUGUGACCGUCGACGAGGACAGCGGUCCUAUUACUAGCGUUAGCUGGGCUCCUGAUGGUCGGCACAUUGCUGUCGGGCUCAACUCGUCUGACGUUCAGCUCUGGGACACCAGCUCCAACAGACUGUUGAGAACUCUCAGAGGGGUGCACGAGGGAAGAGUCGGCUCGCUGGCGUGGAACAACAGCAUCCUGACGACCGGCAGCAUGGACGGAAACAUCGUGAACAAUGACGUGAGGAUCAGGAACCACGUCGUGCAGACGUACGAGGGGCACAGCCAGGAGGUGUGUGGCCUCAAGUGGUCUGGAUCAGGGCAGCAGCUGGCCAGCGGGGGCAACGACAACCUUCUGCACAUUUGGGAUGUGUCAAUGGCAUCCUCCAUGCCAUCUGCUGGCCGCAACCAGUGGCUGCACAGGCUCGAGGACCACAUGGCCGCUGUAAAGGCGCUCGCCUGGUGCCCGUUCCAGAGCAACUUGCUGGCCACUGGCGGUGGUGGGAGCGAUCGGUGCAUCAAGUUCUGGAACACGCACACUGGUGCAUGCCUAAACUCUGUUGACACCGGAUCACAGGUGUGCGCUCUUCUCUGGAACAAGAAUGAGAGAGAGCUGCUGAGUUCACACGGAUUCACACAGAACCAACUGACUUUGUGGAAGUAUCCAUCAAUGGUGAAGACGGCUGAACUCACUGGCCAUACCUCUCGUGUCCUUUUCAUGGCUCAGAGUCCUGAUGGUUGCACAGUAGCAUCAGCUGCUGCGGAUGAGACCCUCCGGUUCUGGAAUGUUUUUGGAGCCCCUGAAGCACCCAAGCCUGCAGCCAAAGCUUCAUACACUGGGAUGUUCAACAGCUUCAACCAUAUCCGAUAGGAUGAGAUGAUUACUGAUGAUCUUCUUUUGGAUAUGGUCCCAGUGUUCUUCUAGUUCAUAUAGAUCGCCUCUCACUGAUGUGAUCUACCAAAUUGGCUAAGCAGGCAGCUUGAGGGAAGCAUUGCAAUCCAAAUACAUCAUUUUUAGUUUUCCGGAGGGUCAGAAAUCAAUGACACAGGGUUGCCUUCGUUGCCGUCUUCAUCAUCACAACAUCACAGGCACGGAGCAGCAUAACCUCCACAUGUAGAGCCUGAGAUUGAAAUGCAGAAUCGCAGAGCCCUUGACUUCGGACAAGACACGCUGCGGCCUAGCCUCAGAGAUUACAAUGCAGAGUCCGACAAUUUUGCUACUUCUCCUGUCAUUUGUAAUUUGUAUGCCAGUCAUUAGUGCUGUUCGAUGUAGAAUGUUUUCGCCUUUUGAUGCAACAUCAAGAGAGCUUGUUUGAUGUGGCAUUAAUUGUAAAUCAAGACACAACCUUUCCUUUCAUAAUUAUAAUGGAAUAUUUGUUCUCAUUUUCCU